GUUGUCACACCCAAAACGGUGCGCUUAAAUCACGUGACCGGAACACGAAAGUACACCGUGGUGGAAUUUUUUUGCCGUCUUCUAUCUUCUAAACUUUUUGUUGUUGUGUCUUUUAGAGGAGAACCGUGCCCACAUCAGAGAUGUCUGCCAAGCUGCAGAGGCUCGUGUCGGAGAAGAAGGACAUGGUGGAAACGGUGAUGGAGACCUUCGAGCAGGGCGCCGAGGUUGUGGCCAGCAUCGUGGGCGACCUCUUCCCGGUCUUCUCCAUCGCCGCCCCCAUCGUCAAGCUGGCGCUGGACAACGUGGAGAGCAAGGAGGCGACCUUCAUGAAGGAGCAGUUCCAGAAGGUGCGCGACCGCCUGGACGCCAUUUCCGACCAGAUGCAACGCAUCCAUGACGAGAUCAAGAAGAGCGGCAUGGAUGCCACCUACUUCUCCGUGGAGGAGAACAUCACCAACCAGUUCCGCAAGUAUAUGGACAUCCUCAACGCCAAGCCCAAGUUCCGGGAAGUCAAGAAGAAGCUCUUCCUGGAGCAUUUCGACAAGACCGGCGGCGACAAGAACCUGCACGUUCUCUACAACGCCGUGACGGGCGACAACUUCUCGGGCGAGUCGGUGCUGGAGAUCAUCCUCAACUACGAGGAGAAAAGCCGCCGGCCCCUGGAGGAUUUCUGCGCCCGGCUGAAGAAACUCUUCUGCCUCGGAAUCAUCGCCCUCCUCGGCCACGCCGCCCUGAAGGGUUACGACGAGGAAGACUCUCUCCUCAAGGACUGGGGCGAGAAGAUGAAGGUGGUGCAGGAGAAGAUGAACGCCGUGAUCGAGGACUGCGUGGUGAGUUUCCCCAAGCAGGCCGAGCUGGAUGCCAGGCGGCUGGUGAGGGACAACCCAGGUUGGAGCAACCAGCAGCUGGCCGACGCCAUCGUCGCCAGGCUGAAGAAGAAGUACGACUGGGUGGGCUGGUCGGUGCGCGUCUUCAAAUCGCCCACGGGCCUCUUCGCCCCCAAGAACUAUCACUGCCCCGCCGGGAGGAGCCGCUUUCAGGUGCCCACGUCGGACGACAAACUCAACGUGGUGGUGUCCUACAGCUCCUCGCCCGAGCCGGUAGACGGCGCCCACAUCCGCCAGCUGAUCCAAAGCCAGAAGAAGCUGGGCGUGGUGGCCGUGGCCGAGAUGCUGUUCGAGAAGGUGCCCGGCGAAUGCGCCGUCCACGCCGUGAAGACCAGCAAGGACCUGGCUUGCGCCUGGAGCUUCAGCGAUGAGCUACACUACUGGGAGGAGCACAAGAACUUGUACGUGUGCCUUCACUCGGCCUAAUGGCCCGCUGACAUCAAGACUUGACGCCUCCAUGCUGCGACACUUUGCUCCCUAAUGUGCCUUGAACGCACCAUUUUGUCCUGAUAAGCCAGUUUCCCUCUGCCACAUGAAAGUUGGCGGCGAGUCUGUCGUGAGUCGAAAAAGCCUUCCGAAGCCAUGCCUGAAAAGACCCGAGUCUACCAUUUUGUUUUCCUGGAAUGUGGUAGGAAUGUCGAUGAUGCUUAGACCUACAAAAAAUUCUCAAGAAGUGAUACCUAAAACUCAGCCAUUUUAGCUUGGAGUGACAAUUUUCGCCUCAAACUCUAAAAUCAAGUUGAUUAGAAUUCCGCCUCAAAGCCAGUUUGAUUCAGACAACAAAGAAUAGACCUACAAAAAGCCUCAGUAAGCCACGCCCAGAAAGACAAAGAAAGUCUGCCAUUUUUGGUUUGAAUCGCCCAUUUUAGGUUUGCUUUGGCCUUUUUCUUCCGACUUCAAUGACUGACUCCUCCGAAAAUUGGAAGUAUGUGUAUGUGAUGCUCAAGUCUGACACUUCUUUGUGUUUGUGUGACACUUGGGCAUGGCAGAGAAGUUUGAGUUGCCAUGAACACAAAUCUCAUUUUGUCCUCUUCUGACAUCAUUAGCACACAGCUAACACACCCAUUGAAUGAUAAUUGUUCUGUCUUUGCUUCUCCCAAAGUGGUACGCCUUCAUCAAAUUUAUAUUCCGUACUUUAUGAAUGUAUGUGCUGUUAUUAACCACUCUGACCAAAUUAUGUACUGCCUAAGACAUUACUCAAGCAGUUUAUAUCUGAACAUUUUCUUCAUCUCAAACAUUGUAAAAUGUACCUAUUUAGCAUAUUUCUUUCUUGUGUGACGGUCGAUGUUUUUCCAAUUGAAUUGUCAAUAUAAAGAUUGAAAAUGAAUAUAACGUCUGUUUUUGCACUGUUGCGGUGGAUUUAAUUCACAAAAUAGAAUUUGUCUCGCUGGCGUUUCCGAGAUGUAGAAAAAGGACAUUUUGGCGAAUGUGGAAACACCCUGGCUUGCCCUAUAAUCACGUGGUUGCGGCUUUUCUAUCUUUGUCACAGAAAGAUGCGCGUCAUGUUCAAAAAGUGCAAGACAAAACAAGUCAAAAGUGUGCUUUCCAUUCACAGCAGCUCACGUACACGCCAGACAUGAUUUCAAAUGGUUUCUGAGACUCACCACCAUGUUGAAAGGAGGAGAAAAUAGCAUUUAGCUCUUCACCCAGCUAGCUGUUCAAUUUUGAACAAGAUCAGAUUUGGUGGGUUCUUGUCAAACUUUUGCACCAGGUUCCCAACAUGCCUGUGGGAUUCUUCAUCAAUCCGAAACUUGGGUGCCGGAUGCUAAUAUUUUACAAGGCUGUGAAGAGUGUAUCGUCACUCAACUUCAAGCUCCGCCCUCACCCUGAGCUGAAAAUUCAAUUUUCACGAUCACGCACAUUGCGUUCAAAUUUGCUUGCAAAUUGUUGUAUGAGGUACGAAUUUUAUAAACCGUCAAAUCAGAAUUCCCAAUGAACCGAGCAUUUCACAGCUCAGUUUCUGAUUUGACUUUUGUGCAUCGUGCUAUGAUUAACGUGUCGCGUUUCCCGAUAUUCAGACGCUAGCGCUGGGUGCUUUUUUUGUUCGAACUCGGUGCGAAAAAUUGCUCCUUUCAACCCGAUGGCUGUUUUACCUUGAACAUUCUCAAUUGAUUUACAUUUUCAGAAUAAACACGUCGUACCGGAUGCAAAGA